GCCGCCGCUGCCGCCGCCGCCGCCUCAGUCAGUCAGUCCGUCCCCAGCAAUGGCGGAAGGAGGUGAGCGAGAGGAACUGCUCUCGCCGCCGCCGGUCUCUCCGGCCAAGCGGUUGUGCUCGUGGCCCAGCCCACAGGCUCACCACCCUCGCGGUUCUCCCGGGGCGGCCGGCGGAGGGGUAGGGGGCGUCGGCAGCAGCUGCCUGGCCGCCGGGGCCCGCCCCCACCUGCAACCGGAGUCCUUGCUGGACUGCGCCGCCAAGACGGUGGCGGAAAAGUGGGCGUACGAGCGGGUCGAGGAACGCUUCGAGCGGAUCCCGGAGCCUGUGCAGCGCCGCAUCGUCUACUGGUCCUUCCCGCGGAAUGAGCGGGAGAUCUGCAUGUACUCCAGCUUCCAGUACCGGGGCGGCCCCGGCGCCGGCGCGACUGGCGGCGCCGCGGGGUCUUCGCCGGCCGAGGAGGGGCCGCCGCCACCCCCCGGGGCCGCCGCUCCGGCCGGCCCCGCCCCCGGGGCCGCCGUGCCGGGGACGUCCCCCGGGCUGGGCGCAGGGGCAGGCGCGACCGGCGCUGGCGGCGGCGGCGAGGGGCUGCCGUUCCGCCGGGGCAUCCGUCUGCUGGACAGCGGCUCCGUGGAGAACGUGCUGCAAGUCGGCUUCCAUCUGAGUGGCACAGUAACUGAACCCGCCACUGCUUCUGAACCAGCGGUGACUUACAAAGUUGCAAUCAGUUUUGAUCGAUGCAAAAUCACUUCAGUGACAUGUGGCUGUGGGAACAAGGACAUAUUCUACUGUGCUCACGUGGUAGCACUCUCACUCUAUAGGAUCCGAAAACCAGACCAAGUCAAACUGCGUCUUCCUAUCUCAGAAACCCUCUUUCAGAUGAAUAGAGACCAGCUCCAAAAGUUUAUUCAGUAUUUAAUCACAGCACACCACACUGAAGUUCUUCCUACUGCACAGAAACUGGCAGAUGAGAUUCUGUCCUCCAACUCAGAAAUCAACCAAGUGAACGGUGCCCCUGACCCCACAGCUGGGGCUAGCAUUGAUGAUGAGAACUGUUGGCAUUUGGACGAAGAACAGGUGAAAGAACAAGUGAAACUCUUUCUCUCUCAGGGGGGUUACUAUGGCUCUGGAAAACAGCUCAACUCGAUGUUUGCCAAGGUUCGAGAGAUGCUACGGAUGAGAGAUUCCAAUGGAGCCAGGAUGCUGACACUUAUAACCGAACAGUUUAUGGCUGACCCACGACUCACUCUUUGGAGACAACAAGGAACAAGCAUGACAGACAAGUGCAGGCAGCUCUGGGAUGAGCUAGGGGCUUUAUGGGUGUGCAUAAUUUUAAAUCCACACUGCAAACUGGAGGAAAAAUCCUGUUGGCUGCAGCAGCUGCAGAAAUGGAGUGACCUGGAUGUCUGUCCCUUGGAGGAUGGGAACUACGGACACGAGCUGCCCAAUAUCACCAAUGCACUCCCCCAGAAUGCUAGUCACAGCCCAGACUCUUUAUCCAGACCAAGAAGAACAGUGUUCACUAGAGCCAUUGAGGGCCGUGAAUUACAUUGGCAGGACAGCCACCUACAACGAAUAAUCAACAGUGAUAUAUACACAGCUCCUAUCUGCCAGCAGGAAAGUGAGAGACUACUCUUCAAUUCUCAAGGCCAGCCACUGUGGCUUGAGCAUGUGCCUACAGCCUGUGCUCGGGUUGAUGCCCUGCGAUCCCAUGGCUAUCCUAAAGAGGCCCUCAGGCUCACAGUGGCCAUUAUUAACACGCUGAGGUUGCAGCAGCAGCGGCAGCUGGAGAUCUACAAACAUCAGAAGAAAGAACUGUUGCAGAGAGGAACUACAACCAUCACAAACCUGGAGGGCUGGGUAGGCCACCCUCUGGAUCCCAUUGGCUGCCUUUUUCUCACUUUGACGGAGGCCUGCCGCCUGAACGCUGAUGGCUAUCUGGAAGUGUCAGAUAUGAAUGAAAGCAGACUCCCUAUAUACCAGCAUGUAUCAGUAGCUACGGGCUGCUCAAACAGCAGUGAGUCCUAUUUGUCAUUGGCCCUGGAAGUUGCUCUUAUGGGUAUGGGUCAACAGAGAGUCAUGCCUGAAGGCCUGUAUGCACAGGACAAGGUGUGCCGUAAUGAGGAACAGCUCCUGAGCCAACUCCAGGAACUGCAACUGGAUGAUGAACUGGUACAAACACUGAGGAAGCAGUGCAUCUUACUGCUGGAAGGAGGCCCUUUCAGUGGUCUGGGAGAAGUGAUCCACCGAGAGAGUGUUCCCAUGCAUACCUUUGCCAAGUACUUGUUCUCCGCUCUGCUGCCUCAUGACCCGGACCUGUCCUAUAAGUUAGCCUUACGUGCUAUGAGGUUACCUGUUCUAGAAAACUCUGCUGCUGCAGGUGACACUUCUCACCCUCACCAAAUGGUGUCUGUGGUGCCCAGCCGUUAUCCUCGCUGGUUCACUCUUGGACAUUUGGAAUCGCAGCAGUGUGAACUAGCUUCCACCAUGCUGACUGCUGCCAAAGGAGACACUCUGAGGCUCCGAACAAUUCUGGAAGCAAUACAGAAGCACAUCCACUCUUCUUCCCUCAUCUUCAAACUGGCUCAGGAUGCAUUCAAGAUUGCUACUCCCGCAGACAGUAGUACAGACAGCACCCUGCUCAACGUGGCCCUGGAGCUGGGGUUGCAGGUGAUGCGGAUGACCUUAUCAACUCUUAACUGGAGACGCCGGGAGAUGGUGCGAUGGUUGGUGACCUGUGCUACGGAAGUGGGUGUGCGGGCCCUGGUGAGCAUCUUACAGAGCUGGUACACGCUUUUCACCCCCACCGAGGCUACUAGUAUUGUGGCAGCCACAGCCGUCUCCCACACCACUAUCCUGCGCCUCAGUCUUGACUACCCUCAGCGGGAGGAGCUGGCCAGCUGUGCUCGCACGCUGGCCCUGCAGUGUGCUAUGAAGGAUCCACAGAGCUGUGCCCUGUCAGCCCUCACACUCUGUGAGAAGGACCACAUUGCCUUUGAGGCAGCCUACCAGAUUGCCAUCGAUGCCGCUGCUGGCGGCAUGACCCAUUCCCAGCUGUUCACCAUCGCCCGCUACAUGGAGCUCCGUGGCUACCCGCUGCGUGCCUUCAAGCUGGCCUCCCUGGCUAUGAGCCAUCUCAACCUGGCCUACAACCAGGAUACCCACCCAGCUAUCAAUGAUGUGCUUUGGGCAUGCGCCCUCAGCCACUCUCUGGGCAAGAACGAGCUGGCGGCCCUCAUCCCCUUGGUGGUGAAGAGUGUGCACUGUGCCACGGUCCUGUCUGAUAUCCUGCGGCGCUGCACGGUAACUGCACCGGGCCUGGCUGGCAUCCCCGGCCGCCGCAGCUCUGGCAAGCUCAUGUCCACGGACAAGGCUCCACUGCGCCAGCUGCUGGACGCCACCAUCAACGCCUACAUCAAUACAACCCACUCACGCCUGACGCACAUCAGCCCCCGCCACUACGGAGAGUUCAUCGAAUUUCUGAGCAAGGCCAGGGAGACCUUCCUGCUGCCCCAGGACGGCCACCUGCAGUUUGCCCAGUUCAUCGACAACCUCAAACAGAUCUACAAAGGCAAGAAGAAGCUGAUGCUGCUGGUACGUGAGCGCUUUGGCUGAGCAGGCAGGUGUCUCACUGCCAGGCAGCCUGAGCUCCAGCUACCAACAAGUCAGGCCAUGGCCACUGGACUGUCUGUCUACCCUGAGGGAACUCUGAGCACUUGUGACUGAGGCUGGAGGAGCACAGGGCUGAGGAUGGAGAGAGUCCAGCUCUAGCCAGUCCACCUGCCUUGGCAAGCUUUUCACCACAGCCCACCAUUCCUGGAGGAGCCAGGCCCUGCAGAUCCAUCAGACAUCCCCACAACACGCCACCUCACGUCCCUUGGAACCUGCGUGUCCUGGCCGCUGGCCCUCUCGACCUUGGCAAACACAGAACACUGUUCCGUCUCAGGGAUUGCCUAACCAGAGAAACAGAAGCAUUUACAGUCCUGUAUAUACUAUAGUAUAUGUGUUGCCAACUGUUGUAAAGUUGUAACUAUUUAUGAUUGGAUGGGCACUUGAAGUAGCUGUGGGAAGGAGGUGAGGCUUGCUUUCUGAGGAGACUCACAGCCAUUUCUCAGGUUUCCCUUGUAGAGUGUGUGCUGUUGAUAGUGGGAGAGUGAGGGUGGCAGGGAGAAAAGUGGUCAGCUGGAGUAAAUCCCAAGUCUAGUCUAUGCAGAAACCCAGGCUGCAGGAGGCACCUAUAGCCAGUGGUGAUGGGCAGAAGCCAGGACUGGAUUCCACCUGCAACUCAUGGAGCAGUGAAGAUACUGAAGCUCCCUCUUCCACCUCACACAGCUUCUCCAGAACCUGCUGAUCCCAAGAAACAAGUGCAGGGAGAAGACAGAGGCCUGGGAAGGUGCUGGCUCAUAAUACCCACCGACUCUGGUCGCCUGUGUUAGAGAGCAUCUGGUUUCAUUUCUGUGUGUGACUGUCUGAAUGGCUAAGUACCUGGGUCCAUGUAUGUAGAUGUAUUUGUGCAUGCCAGUCUGUAUAUGCACAUAUAUCUUGACGUGUAUUUGUUACUUCUGUGUCCAUGUAUGUGUGUGCUAGACCAUGGGCUUCAGUGUGGCAUACACAUAUAUGUGUGAGAAUGCCCAUCUGUGUCUAACUCAUGUUUGUCUGGCAUUGUUAAUGUGUAUGUAUGUAUGUGUGUCUGGGCACACAUAAGGACAGGCGUUUCAACCUCUGUACCUGUGUGUGUGCCCACUGUCACUGGACCUACAGAUCUGUGUAGCUGAGUAUAUUACUAUGUGUUGAUUUGUCUCUGUGAUUCUGUUUGAGGAUCUGCAUAAAUGUGUACCAGAUCUCUCCUCCAUUCCUCCGUCUCUCGUACCAGAAAACCAUCUGUCCCCCGUGCCGGUGCCUCCUGUGGUCACCUUUCUCUUUUGCCUACCAGGCUUCUGAGCACCAGUCUCCCUCUGCCCUGAGACCGGCGGCUUUAGCUCCACAGUUCUCAGCCCAUACUUGCUUUCAACCCCUGCCUUUCUACCUCAAGCUUCCUUUUGCCUGCUUUCAUCAUGGUCCUGUCGGUCACUGACCUGGAGGCUGGGACUGGUGUUCGUUUGGCCUUUCCCUUGCUAAAUCUUGGCCUUUGAGGGCGGACCCUGGCCAGCUGCCACACUGUUAUGUCCCUGCUACCACCUGACCCCCGUGCUCGGCCUGGAGUUGUUUUAGGAGGUAGUUAGGGUGUUCGGAUGAGUCUUGGUGUUCACUGUUUCAUGUCUUAGUUCCUGAGUUGGGGUGGGGCUUGAUAGAGAAGGGGUGGAAUAGCUAGAGUGUGAACUAAGGACCUGUCUGCUUUUUCCUUUCUUUGGCAAACUAUUUAUGUCACCCUUUUUUAUUACAAACUGACCAGUAAGUUGUAUUUGCUGUUUGUGGCUACUAGAGUCUUACCGUCCAGCCAAGGGCCCCUACAACAUCUCAGCCCAAAUGGGGGUUGGUAAAAAAAAAAAAAAAAGAGAAGCCACUCCCAUUUCUGUAUCACAGUUGCCCUUUUUUAGCAAGUGUGUGAACUCACAGUGCUUUUCUAUGAAUAAAUCAUGGGUCACAUUUUUCUAAAAGCAGAAAUUGUGUUCUCUCAAUAAAUUAGGCCCUUCU